CACCUUCGUCUCAUUGAUUGCCGGAGAGAGACCUCUCAGAGCUAUCAUCAAUGGGUCAUCUGGAGUAGUAUUUAUUUUUCUAUCCGCUGUUAGCGUUGAUACAUCAGCACAAUGAGAGCCAAAGCAGAUCGACUAGCAUGGUUUUUAACACCAGGUGGACGUCGAUUUGCACGUGCAACAGUCUUAUUAGGAGGAGCAGGCGGCUUCCUCACCUUUUACUUGCCCAACACGUUAUUGUUAAAAAAAUACAAAGAUGUGACACAGCUAUACAGAAAUGGCCUUCCGGUUGCUGUUUCCCCCAAGAUCAAAUCUCUUGUGGAAGAGGUGAUGAACGACCUUGGUAAAUCUGCCACAGAGAGGAAAUUAAUCUCCUUGUAUACUGGCUAUGGCUUUGACCUCUUCCGAGCUGGGUCAACCAUGGUAUAUUCGGGAGGUAUAGUUGGUGUGCCACUCAAUUUCAAGUAUUCUGAAGUGGAGGAAUUUGAUCACACUGGAAUUACUUUGAACAACCAGCCUGUUGCAUGGAGUUCAGCUGAGGGGAGUUCCUUGAUGAAAUCCCUUGUCCUCAGUGAUGAAGCAAAGAAGUUUGCCUUAGCUAGGGAACUCGUGCACUUGGACACAGGAGAACCAUUUGUGUAUGGGGCAGUCACAGCUGGUGUGGUUGGCAUGGGAUAUACCAUAGCUUCAGGACUCAAUAAAACCCAACAGUUCUACAUGAGGCCACGAGGACUAAGAGUCGUCCUGUAUGGGUUGGUGUCAAUGUUCAGUUACAGCAUGUGGGUGUUCGGGAGAGAUAUGGGGGCCAAUCUCUAUGAAGCUGAUGCAGAUAAAGCAGUUGCAGAUCUUGGGGAGAAAUAUGCCCAAGGGGGCCUGGAGUUCUAUGAAAAAGUGUUGCAGAGAAAUGUGGCAUUGCGGACGCUCAUGGGAACCACAGGAGAGAAGUUAUAUACAGCAUAUGGGAAUGACCAGAUGCUCCUUAGGACAAAACACAUCCCUUUCACCCUAAGGAGAGACUAUUUCAAGCAGAGAAUUGACGAGUACAGAAACCCUCACAAGGCAGUGCAGCCCCAAGCAGAUACGCGUCCAGAGUCAGCCCCCGAGACCCUCCCUAUGUUAGAGGGGAAGAAGGUUCCUUGAUAUAUAUUGUUUAUUUUAUAAAUAUGGUGGCAAUCAUAUUUAUAAAAUAAACAAGUCAGAAGUUCAGAUUUUCUCCUCUCUCUAUGUUAAUACAUUGAGUUGUUGACACUUUUGGAUCUAAAGGGAUGAUGAAAAUCCAUGUCCAAAAAUGAAA